AUGAAGUCUGCAAAUAGUGUCAAGGUAACUCCAAACAGGAACAGGGUGGUGUUUGUUUUCGUUGUUAUCAACUUUAUCAUAAGUCUGCUAUUUUUAGCUCACCUUCAUCAUAUUAUCAAUCUAAAUGAGUUGUUGGGGUUUACGUCUACAACACCUGUGAUUUUCCAAAACUCAGAUGAUCUGUAUAUUCUUGAUGUUUCAUUAAAUAGCUGCAUAGCUUACAAUUAUAGAAAGCCUGAUUGUGGAAAACCUAAGAGUAAUGAUGGUAAAUUAGGCGAUUUGACUGCGUAUGGAGCAGAUUGGACUAGAUUGGAUAAAGAUUUAUGUCUUGGAUUAUCUUGGUUUAGAAGGGAAGUGUUGUGGGUGAAGAGAAUUAAUCAUGAUAAUUACCGCAAAUUACUUGACAGGACGCAUUUAUCGGAUGAAGUGGUUGUUGAUAUUUCUGUACUGGACCCUGAAAAUAAUAUCAACGUUUUAACCAAAGAUGAGUUAUCUAAGAGUGGAUGGGAGUAUAGAUCGAAUGGUGUUUGGUUAAAAUAUGGCUCCCACAAAAGCAAGGAUGCAGUUGCUGAUAUUAAUGUAUUAUUUGGAGAGGAUGCAAUUGAUCCAAGACCAAAUUGGAAUUUUGUGGAGUCCUCAAUUAAGGAUGCUUGCACUGCAGUUGGAUAUUCUGCCUUUUUAACAUUCCGUCGAGGACCUAAGCUUGACUACAAGAAACACUACAAUAAACCUUUGGUAAUGAAUGAUAACGAUGAGUUCAAGAUACUACAAGUUGCAGAUUUACAUUUCUCUACUGGAAUUGGGGUGUGUUUCAACGCAGAACCUCCAUCUUCGACAAUUGGGUGCCAUGCUGACCCCAGGACAUUAAAGUUUAUCGAAAAGGUUCUUGAUAUUGAACAACCAGAUUUGGUUGUAUUAUCAGGUGAUCAAAUAUUUGGAUUAACUGCACCAGACACGGAAACUGCUGCUUUGAAAGCAUACAGCCCUUUCAUUAAACGUAAAAUACCAUUUGCUGCAGUGUUGGGAAAUCAUGAUGCAGAAGGAUCAUUAGCAGCCAAAGAGUUGAUGCAAUUGUUUUCUGAUCUCCCUUAUAGUGUUGGUGUUGUUGGGCCCGAAUCAAUUGACGGGUUUGGAAAUUAUGUCACAACUGUGCAAGGUAAAUCCAACACAUCAGUAGCAUUGGCAUUUUAUUUUGUUGAUUCGCAUGAUUACAGUCAGAACAAGGAGGAGUAUCCUGGUUAUGAUUGGAUUAAAGAGAGCCAAUUGAACUAUAUGAAAGAACAAGCAGAAUCGAUUAAAGAUGGAGUUGUGGAAUUUGAAAAGGAGAAAGUUAAACAAAAUGGAGUAAUCAAAACCAAGAAACAUUUGUCAAUGGCAUUUUUCCAUAUUCCAUUACCCGAGUUCAAAAACACUACGGAGACAUUAGUUGGUACACCUAGAGAAGAUAGUGGAUCUCCAUUAUACAAUUCUGGUGCACGAGAUGCAUUCCAAAAAAUUGGCGUUAAAGCGAUAAGUAUUGGACAUGAUCAUUGUAAUGACUACUGUUUAUUGGAUAAACGUCAAUCACCUACUGAAGAAAAUCAAAUAUGGUUAUGUUAUGCUGGAGGUGUUGGAUUAGGUGGCUAUGGGUGUAGUGGGUAUGAAAGAAGAACAAGAACAUACGUGUUUAACACGGCAAAAGGUGAAAUUAAAUCAUGGAAAAGAGCUGAAAAUGAGCCAGCAGAGAAGAUUGACGAACAGGUCUUGGUCUCUGGAGGUGUUCUUGGAAAUUGGUUCUAA